AAGUUUGGGUUUUCCGAGGGCUUGAGGAGGAGGAGGGAGGUGAAAGAGGAGAAGUAGGCGGGAGGGGGAGCAAGACGGAGGAGCUGACAGAAAGAGAGGCGAAAAGGAGAAGAAGUGAAAGGAAAAGAGGCGCCCGGAGAGGGACAGAGUCGAGCCAGCCGUAGCGGACCCUAGAACUUUUUUUCUCGUCAUCCCCCAGCCGGGACUGUCAAUGAUCCGGACAGCCAAAGAGGAGACAGCAACUUCUAUCGCCGCCCCCUUUCCAACAAGUUUGUGUCUGAGUGUAUAGUGUCUUCCUCCCCUCCCCCGCUGAGAGGACCUCCGAGGACAGCCUGAGCCCUCUUCUCAUACUACACAGGAGUUGGGAGUCUCCCUUCUACAGUGCGUGGAACAGUCCCGGGGGAAGCAGUCAGCACUGCACAGGACUUUCUCAUUACCUCGCGGUGGGGGGGAACUAUCGGUAUCCUGCUCCGGGAGGUGGAGCACUUUGGAAGAAGCGACCCAGUAUUGUGUGCUGGAGUCUCCGGCAGAGGUUCUCCGGGCUUGGCGAGCUCAUCCUCCCUGCAGCCUGUUGGUGUGUGUGUGCUGGUCGGGGGUGGCACCAUGCCUGUCAGGAAGCAAGAUACUCAACGUGCUUUGGACCUCCUAGAAGAAUAUCGCACCAAACUUAAUCAAACGGAGGACAAACAACUCAGGAAAUCUAUUGAACGGGUCAUUGGCAUCUUUCAAAGUAACCUCUUUCAAGCUUUAAUUGAUAUUCAAGAAUUUUAUGAAGUGACCUUAUUGGACAAUCCUAAAUGUACUGAUAACUCUAAGCAUCCUGACCCAGCUCUGCCUGUGAACAUAUGGGAUUUCUCCAGCCCUCCCAGCACAACAGUAACGUCAGAAGUCCUUCCAAGCAGCCUUAGUGGAGAGAAAUAUCGAUACCAAGAUGAUGAUCUGCCCUCCCAAGAACCCAGUUCCCCACACAUCUUGAGUGAUGUCAGAAGUCCAGAGUUGGUUCAGGUUUCUGAGAAAAACAUCUCACAGAUAGAGAAUGUCCAUGGGCUUGUAUCACACUCUCAUAUUUCUCCACUUAAGUCUACAGACGCUGGUGCUCCUUGUCCUCCCAUUGUCCCUGUGAUCCCUGUUAUUCCAGUCCCUGCUGAGAGCAAUGUCAUUCCAUCCUCCACUCCACAGGCAAAUCCUCCUCCAGUGAUUGUAAACACAGAUAGCCUGGACACGCCUCCAUAUGUAAAUGGAACAGAUGUGGAUUAUGAAUAUGAAGAAAUCACACUUGAAAGGGGAACAUCUGGCCUUGGCUUUAGCAUUGCAGGAGGUACAGAUAAUCCACAUAUUGGAGAUGAUACAAGCAUUUUUAUAACAAAAAUAAUUUCUGGAGGAGCUGCAGCUCAAGAUGGAAGGUUACGGGUUAAUGACUGUAUAUUACGGGUGAAUGAUGUGGAUGUGCAUGAUGUGACACACAGCAAAGCCGUUGAGGCAUUAAAGGAUGCAGGAUCCAUUGUACGAUUAUAUGUCAGAAGAAGAAAGCCGAUCACAGAGAAAAUAAUGGAAAUAAAGCUUGUUAAAGGGCCUAAAGGUCUUGGCUUCAGCAUUGCUGGUGGCGUUGGAAACCAACACAUCCCUGGUGACAAUAGUAUUUAUGUGACUAAAAUAAUUGAAGGAGGAGCAGCACAUAAAGAUGGACAACUUCAAAUAGGAGAUAAACUUCUAGCAGUAAAUUCUGCGUGUUUGGAGGAUGUUUCUCAUGAAGAAGCUGUGACGGCUUUGAAAAACACAUCAGACUUUGUGUAUCUUAAAGUGGCAAAACCUACUACCAUGUUCAUGAAUGACAGUUAUGCGCCACCAGACAUCACCAACUCAUAUUCUCCGCAAGUUGAUAACCAUAUCAGCUCACCUAGUUUUCUUUCGCAUCCGUUACCUCCCUCCCCAGGCCGAUACUCUCCUGUUCCAAAAGGAAUGCUUGGAGAUGAUGAUUUAACACGUGAACCAAGGAAAAUUAUAUUGCAUCGAGGGGCCACUGGAUUAGGCUUCAACAUAGUGGGAGGUGAAGAUGGUGAAGGAAUCUUUAUUUCGUUCAUUCUUGCAGGGGGCCCUGCAGAUUUAAGUGGAGAGCUCAGAAAAGGAGAUCGUAUAAUUUCUGUAAAUGGUGUUGAUCUCAAAACAGCCACUCACGAACAAGCAGCAACAGCUUUAAAAAAUGCUGGCCAAACUGUGACUAUUAUUGCACAAUACCGUCCUGAAGAAUAUAGUCGUUUUGAGGCGAAGAUUCAUGAUCUGAGGGAACAGAUGAUGAACAGUAGUAUCAGCUCCGGAUCUGGUUCACUUCGUACAAGCCAGAAACGAUCCUUAUAUGUGAGAGCACUGUUUGAUUAUGACAAGACUAAAGACAGUGGCCUUCCCAGCCAAGGACUUAAUUUCAAGUUUGGUGACAUUCUGCAUGUGGUCAAUGCUUCCGAUGAUGAAUGGUGGCAAGCACGGCAAGUCACUGCAGAUGGGGAGAGUGAAGAAAUUGGCGUCAUUCCUAGCAAGCGCAGGGUUGAGAAAAAGGAACGGGCCAGACUGAAGACUGUGAAGUUUAAUUCAAAAGCACGGGGAGAUAAAGGCCAGUCAUUCAAUGACAAGCGUAAAAAGAACCUCUUUUCCCGAAAAUUCCCAUUCUACAAGAACAAGGACCAGAGUGAGAUGGAAACCAGUGAUGUUGACCAACAUGUAACCUCUAAUGCCAGCGAUAGCGAAAGUAGUUACCUAAUCUUGAUUACGGAUGAGUAUGGAUGUUCACAAGGUGGUCAAGAAGAAUAUGUUUUAUCAUAUGAACCAGUCAGUCAACAAGAAGUAAAUUAUUCUCGACCAGUAAUUAUUUUAGGGCCAAUGAAGGACAGAAUUAAUGAUGAUUUGAUCUCUGAAUUUCCUGAAAAGUUUGGGUCUUGUGUUCCCCAUACGACUCGACCGAAACGAGAUUAUGAAGUAGAUCGGAGAGAUUAUCACUUUGUCACUUCCCGGGAGCAGAUGGAAAAGGAUAUUCAAGAUCACAAAUUUAUAGAGGCAGGUCAAUACAAUAAUCACCUGUAUGGCACUAGUGUACAGUCUGUGCGAGAAGUGGCAGAAAGGGGAAAGCACUGCAUACUCGAUGUUUCUGGAAAUGCAAUUAAAAGAUUACAGCUAGCCCAAUUAUACCCAGUUGCUAUCUUCAUAAAGCCUAAAUCAGUGGAAAAUAUAAUGGAGAUGAAUAAACGUCUAACAGAGGAUCAAGCCCGUAAAACAUUUGAAAGAGCUAUGAAACUGGAGCAGGAGUUCACAGAGCAUUUUACAGCAAUUGUGCAGGGCGACACUUUGGAGGAAAUUUACAAUCACGUGAAACAGAUCAUAGAAGAACAGUCUGGCUCCUACAUCUGGAUACCUGCAAAAGAGAAGUUAUGAAACAAGAGGAAAACUCUGGAGCCCCUAUCACUGCCCAUUCACAGCAUCCUUUACCUUCUCCCAUAGGAGCAGGCCCCGUUUGUAUGGGACUGUUCUUGCCACUUAUUUGCUGCCCUUUCAACCACCUUUCACACGGUUAUAUUUUAUUUAAUUUUUAAUACUGUCAAAUUUGAUUUCUUAAUGUUUUUUCUUUUGUUUUUAAUGAAGGUGGAAAGACUAGAGCAGUUAUUUAAGGUUAGAAAAUAAGUGGCAAAAAUUCCUUAAUGUUUAAGGGAAAGUUGCAAAUACAUUUUAAAGAAAAAAAAAAAAGCUUUAUAGACAAUUUUCAAAAAUGAAAAACAUUACAUAAAAUAAGUGGUCUUAAUAUUGUGAGCAUCUUUGCACAAUUUGCAUUUAACAGCAUGGUUUGGCCUAUGCAUUUAAUUCUCUAUUCUUUUGACUUGAUCCGGUUCUAUACAUAGGCAGAGGUUCUUGUAGCAUUCUGUUGCCUGGUUGCUGCUGCAUUGCAUAACAUUUUGGUUCUGCAAUGUGCUUUAAAGCACCUUGUUGCAAUGGAAAGGUUAUCUUCAAUCAUUUGUCAUAAGAUCUAUUUUGGUUUUGUCUUGUUGAAUUGUAUGUACUCCAGCGUUCUUUAUAUGAAUGACUUUUAAACUUGAUUAAUCAUAUGCAUAUUACACAAUUUAAAAUGACAAAUUUUUGAUAUGGAUCACCUUUGUGAAAAGAUAGUUGAAUCUUUCAGGUCAUUAACAUAGUCUCUCUAAUGUAAAUAAACACUACAGGAGAUCACAUCUCUACAUCUCAUUUGGAGAAUUGGAUUCAUAGACUUAAUGCUGUAUGUGUAUUCUUAGUAGACAGAUUUUAAUAUUUUACCCACAAUAACUGCCUAUUUUGUUAUAAUAAAAUAUAUAUUAAACUUUCUUUAAAUUCUAACUAUGGGAGUACUUUUCUUGCACAUGUGCAUAUAUAAAUAUAAAAAUAUAUUUUUUUCCUCUUAUCACCAAUUUUUGUUUUCUUUUGGAAGACGAAUUGAAUUUAUUAUCUUCAUUUCAUGUGAAAAAUGAACAAGACAUCAGUGGCUGUGUUAAUUGAUGCUGGAAUAAGGAAGGUUAGCCGCUUAAUUAAAUCUAGGCGUGUUCUCCUCUCUUCUGAAGAGUCCACUUUGUUUUAUUUUUUUAUGCAAUGUGCAUGUUUUUACACUGUGUGAUAUGUCGGCUACAGUAGUCCUAAGUUUUUUUUUGUGUUUUUUCACAAGGCUUCACCAGACUUGCAUGUAUCAUGUCCAUGACAACCAGUCUUUAGCCACAACAAUUUAAAAGGAGCCUUUGGGGGGGGAGGGGGGGAAUAAAAAUAAGACUACAAUUCUUUGGUACUUAUCGGUUGUUUGGUUUUUGGAAUUGUUAAUAAAAACAUAUAUCCUUUUUACAGCCUCAUUAAACCUCUACCAAAUAAGCAUUAGUGUGUGAUGAACAAGCAGCAUUAUUCAUUCCAUUUGUUAGAAAGAGGAGAACAGCAAAUAAAAUUGUAUGGAACAAUG